AUGAAUGUGAUCGAGCCGGCUGCAGACCAUUGCAACUCCCUUCAAACUCCAGUGUCACCCACAUAUACCGAUUCUUCUGCUCCAGCUUCCCCUGCUGUCUCAUCUUUCUCACUAUCCCGACCCCAUAGCAAAUUUUCAAGCUCUGUUUCUUCCCUCAUCUCGUCCCCUGGCAUGGGCAUUUCCAUGGAACGCUCGGGUUCAUGGCCAACCCAAUUGCGAGAGGUCAAAGAGGAGCCUUUCCCUAAACCUAGCAAAGCAAUGGAAGAUGAGUAUUUUGGGUAUUUCGACCAGUUCACUGUGGAGCCUGAUGAGAUGGUGAACGGCGACUAUUACUUGGCAGACGAGCUCCGCAGUGUCGAUUACUCGACUAGACAGCGUUCUGAGAGCUUGUCUUCAAGAGGCCUCCCACGCUUUAGUUCUAGAAUCUCUUCUGCAUCUUCGCGAUGGAAGCCAAAGCAUUCCUUCGACGGUACCCUUAACGAUAACCUACAUUCGCGAGCGAGUUCGACCUCUUCCGCCUUGCGAAAAAUGCCGUCACGCGAGGACGCUCUUGUUGCCGCGUCUCCCGCUAGGCUCUCUCAAGAUACCCCACGCCGUAGUGCUAGCAGUUUAGGCCCGAUUGACAUUGAGAAGGCAAAUAGCAUAAGCAUUGUGGAAGAGCAUGCUAUGCUGGCUACCACUCCAUUGCUCCCUCCAAUGUUGGCUACAUACCAGUCUUCUGCCUCGAACUCCGGGUUUGCUUCGCCGUUGCAGUCCCCAUCAGUAGCAGACGUGUCUGAUUUGACUGAUUUCCCCCCUGUGCCAAUGACACGUACCUCUACGCAGCGCUCCCCUCCACUAUCAACAAAACCAUCAAUCACUUCCUUGACUAGGGCCGGAGUUUCGACCCAGCGUACCAUCUCGGGUGAAGGAGUCCCACCUUUGGUGCUCACCGAAGGCGAUGAUGAAUGGGCAUCCAAGUUGGGCCACGCCAACUUCACCAUUCAUCCGGAACCAUAUAUUCCCGAGAACCUAGAUGCUCUCGCCUUGCAGAGAUUCCGCGAAGACUGGCAGUUGGCUCGUCGCAAUUACGCCAAACACCUAGUUCGCACCGGGGAGCAUUACGGCGAGACUUCUAUGACUUAUCAAUUCACCAAGGAUAAAUUAGACUGCAUAGAACAGCAGUGGAAGCGCAGUUUGGAAGUGUUUUCUGUCUAUGACGCGAGACUGGUAUCGACUCUCAGCGCAAGUGAGCCGGACAUGAGUUCAGUUGAAGGCAUCAAAAUUCCUCAUCUACACAACAACGAGAAAUUCCCAGAACUAGGUGACGAGGAAAUCGUGGGCCCAAUGGCAGUUGCCCCUGCUAUUCACUGCACUCUUCGCUGCAAGUCUCCAAGACGCCGCAAUGUCUUCAAAAUACUGCACGACUUGAUCAACAAGGCACAACCCGGACUUACCGCCACCAACGCUUAA